UUCUCUAUUACAAGCCCUCCUCCUAAAACUUUCUCCGCGAAUCUUUCUCCUGCAAUGUUCAGACAGCUCAUGGAAAUCUCAGUCACUAAGACAGACGAUUCAACGGGGAGCGUCGACACUCGUCUAUCUUCGGCUGGUGUACGGAGCCAGACCACCAAUGGCCCCUACUCCUCUUAAGCUAUUAUACAGCCGGGUUAGACUGAACUCACGCUCUGGGCGUAAUGAGGGCGCUAUGUAAAUGUUGUUAGCUGUGCAAUUAGUACUUUCCCUGCCAUGUCACUGGAUUACCCGCGGACGGCAACUUUGCAGGCUCCCCAGCAGCGUGAAGGGGUUGUUUUGCUUUACUCGGGCGCUGCUCGGUUCGCUUGGUCCGGCUCCAGCCCGGGUCUAGUGCCGCAACAGUUCAGCGGCACUUCUCACCGAGACCUCUAUCGGAGCGCAGCGGGGAGCACGGGGCUCGGGGGAGGAGCGGGACAGUGCAGCUCCCGCGGCGCCCGCGCUCCGAGCCCAGCGCCGGGAGGGGAUGGUGAGACGGGCCAGAGAAAUGGCCAGUGCCGCCGGCGACUCCAGCCUGGACCCGGGCAUCAAAGAGAUGAACGAGACGUGGAAGGGGGCGAUCGCCUGCCUGGGGGUCGCAUUGCUUUUUCUGAUGACCAUCGGCGUCCUUUACUGGCAGGUGGUGGAUAAGCCGCACACCAACUGGGUACUGAGGGGGCAGGUCAGCGGGCUGGCGUGGGACAGGAGGAGCCUGUCCUUCUCGCUGAUGUCCCUCAGCCAGGACAAGACUUUCGCUCACAUCGACGCCCGCCACUUGCCCAACCGAGGAGUCACCCUGCUCAACAAUCUCUGUUGGUUCAACACAACCCAGUUCUGCUACACAUGGGACGGUGUGGCCGAGCUCCAGGUGUCCCUGGAUACACCGAACCAGAGUGUGGCGGAGUGUUACCGGGUAGAGUGGACACCUCUCCAAUGUAAAGUGGCGCUCAAGGAUUGCUUUUCCAUGGUGAAUGUGUCGUGGUAUGGUGGAGGAAGCAUGCAGUUUCAGUACUGGCCCCUAAACAAUGCGAAUAUCAACUCUCAGCCAUUCAUCAUCAGUGACCUACACGAUACUCCCAUGGGUUAUGGAUCUGUAUUGGAGAGAUACUUCCUUGGAUCAACAGGUGUGGCUGUGCGUGUUCAUCAGGAAGUCCCAUUACAUGUUGGAAUUGAGAGCAGAAAGCAGUUGUGCCUGGGGAUCCCACCCAACGCUGAGAUGGUUCCCCUGAGUUAUACGAUAUGUGUGAGUGACAGUCUGAGAUCAGCCUACCAGCAACGCAGCAGUGUGAUCCCUGUGGCCCAGCCUGACACCAGCAUCCUGUGGCUGCCACUGUGGAGGUCGCAUAGGGUGUCUGACACUGCCCUGAGGCUGGAGCACAAUCUGAAGAUGUUGUCCAGAAAACUGAAGCAUUACAGGCUAGGAGAGGGAGUGAUGGAUCUCUGCGAACAAUCCACGCUGCUGCUGUCUACUGAGGGACAGGGGACACUUCAAUUACAGAGCACGUACCGUGGCCUACGUCAGCUAAGGUUGUCCAUCACACUCUCUCCGUUCACCACCAUUGAUUCCCGCCAUUUCCAGACUACUUUGCAAGAAGGACGAGAACAUUUGUGGCUCAGACUUCCAUCAACAGCAAAUGGAUCUCAAGGACCCCUCCUGAUGAAGUGGAGGGGGAGGUUUGCGGUGAAGUUGAACAUCAGCGAUGAGGAGGCACAGGACUGGUUCAUCGAGCAGGUCCGCACCCUUCAGAGGAGGGUGGAGGUCAACUAUAUCACUCUGGAAGUAGGUGUGGGAAGCCCCUAUUUGUGGCAGGCGCAGCAUCAUUCCUGCCGACUGUGUGGAGAUGAAUACAUCAACCAGUUUGCACUGCUGGCUCAGAAGCUGGGAAAUGCAACAAUUAUAUCAGCUGCCACUAGGGCUGCUCACUUGCCAAUGUUUGUUCGAAUGGUACCCCGACAGUCUGACUGGAGUUAUGCAGGAUUAAAGGGUCUCAUUCCCUCUGUCCUUCACUACAGCUUGCUGGGAUACAGCUUCUUCAUUCCAGAUGCAAUAGGAGGUUCGCUGACAAAUGGUUUUCUGGCAGACGAGGAGCUCUUUAUCCGGUGGCUGCAGGUUGUGACUUUUCUACCUGUGAUGCCUUUCAGCACUCCGCCAUGGGUCUUUGGGGAGACCUGGAUUGUGAAUGUGACCCGGUCGUAUAUACACAGACACCAGGCUUUUGUCGUGCCACUUCUCCUGAAAUACGCUGCAGAGUGGGCAUCCCUCGGGCAUCCUGUGUUUCGGCCGCUGUGGUGGAUCAGCCCUAGUGACCCAAGUACCUUCAUUAUCAAUGAUGAGUUUCUGAUUGGUGACGAGGUACUGGUGGCACCAGUGACAGAGCCGGGCAAAGUCCACAGGGACAUCUAUCUACCAGGAAACGGCUACCAGUGGAAAGAUGUGAACACAGCCCAAGUGAUUGAUGGUGGGACCCUGCUCGAGGAAUAUCCAGUGCCCCUGACUGACGUGGCAGUUUUCAUCAGGCAGAAAUCCCAGGAUCUGCCCUUUACAGAGAGCCAGCCAGCAACCCCCCACGCCUGAGGGACCAAAACUCUUCACAAUUCUUCAACAGUCAACUGGAUUUUUGUUUUAUGGACCACAGCUUGGCUGCCUGCACUGUCUUAAAUGUCAGCAGGUGCCGUUUACAGAGAGCGAUAAGGAAACAGCCCAGUUUGCGAUCGCAACUCCCAAAGGGAGUGUUGCAAGAACUGGCAUUUCCAGCACCUGCUGCAAUCUGUGCAGAAGCUGUGGCCCGAACCUUCCAUAACCAUGCCUCAACGUUGCCUGUGAGGCUGAACUGUUUUCUAGUGAUAGCUGAAUUAAGUAUUCAUCAGGUGCAAGCAGCCAAUGUCCAAAGCAAGGUCCAAGGCAGACAAAAGCUCAAACCCGGGCCCAGGCUCAGACCUUGGAUUAGGGCUCAGAUCCAGGUUCAGGUUUAGGCCCAUGGCUUGAACAGAUCCAGGCUCCGGUUCAGGACCAGGCCCGUAUUCAGGGCCCGCAUUAUCUCAGAUCACCACAGUCUUUAAUUAUUUCCACAGGCAUUUAAACUGAAAAACUGCAGAAUUUGUUUACUAUGUUAAGAGAAGUGUUGUUAAGAAAUGAAACACUUCCAGUUCGAUCACUCAUCAAACACUCCCAGGACAAGAACACUGCAUCUCUCUCCAUACUGUACCAUAAAUACUCCCCAGGGCGGGGACAGCCCUGUGCCAAGUUCCUUCUUCUGUCUGCCUAUGAAAUACCCCCAGAGACGGUGCUAGUCAUACACACUGUAAAGCUCCCUCCGCACUGUCCUGUCACAUAUUCUGAGAAGGAUCAGCGUGAAUUAAAUACAAAACACCCAUCACACAGCAAAAUGCAUUGGGUUACGUAUAUCAAUAUAAAUAUUGAUGUGAGCAUUUGACUCUGGAAUGCUUUAGAUACAUCACCUAUCCCAGCACACAAUACUGAGGUUCAGGAAGUCAAUAUGCUGAUAGAACUGACAGUAGAUAAUGGGCAGAGUCCCUGGAAUAGAGACUGAGGUGUGAGAGAGUGUUAUAUUUGGUGAAAAAGACUCCGUUGUCUGCUGCGUUGGUUUAUCUUGUUCUUGUGUGUGACCUGGUGUGAGCCUGUUCUCCAUUCUUGCCUUAUGCCGCCUCAAUACCUCGCUGCCUUUAUCCAUCAGUGCCUAUGUGCAGCACACAGCCUUGCAACACGUGGCUGUCUACACCAAGGAGCCACCACCAGACGCACAUAUCUGAGAGGCUACGCUCCUACUAUCCCCAUUAUAUAUAGUUAUAGGCAGCAGGUGCAUGGGGAUAUCACCUUCUUUAUGUUCCCCUCAGAUUCAUUCAAUAUAUUGACGUGGUUCUAUGUCACUGCUACAUCACUGUUGGGUCAAGAUCCUGUGAACUCCCUACCCAAGAAGACUGUGGGGCACCUUCACUAGAAGGACCACAGUGGUUCACCACUACCUCAAGGGUGAUUAGGGAUCAGCAUUAAAUGCUGGCCUUCCAGUGAUGCAAGCAUAAUGAUAAAGGGGAGCUGCAGUGCAUUUUGCAAAGGAGUUUAUUUCAAUAGGAAUGGGCAUCUGGAAAUAAAGUUCCUUGUUAGGUCAGGAUAAUGAAGUUGGAUGCCCAUUUUUCUGCUUGGCCAGGGUGUUGCGGGAAUUGUGCAUUUCCUGAGCUCGCAUCAGAAGUUCGAUCCUGUGACUUUAGCCAAGUGGUGCCUAAACCCAGACACUGCACCAUAAUGUUCUGAAAAAAGUCUGAAAAAUAUCAUACUUAACAUUGAUCAAAUUAAUGUCCCCCCCCCCCCCAAAUUCUUAGCUAUUACGCACAGUGGAAUGAUUCCAAGAACUAACGAAAAGUUCAAAGUUUGACAACUGGGUAAGACCAGUGUACUGAACUGAUCUCAUUGAACUACUCCUAGAUUGCAUCCACAUAUUUGCCCUUCUGCAAACAAUAAAUAUAUGGUAGGAAAUAUUAAUCACAGUUAUAUUAAAAAUAUAUAUUUUGCUGCUGGUACACAGCGUACAGUCUCGAUUUUUGCAACAACGGGAAACCUGGGACUGGAAAUUUUAAUUAAAGUUCCUUGUGUUUUUUGUCAUUCUUCCAUCCUCAUGACUCAGAACUGCUCAUUACUUCCUCAUCUGAUAUCUCCGACUGUCUCUGGAAGCUCUAAAAAGCACCUCAACUUUCUGCUUCAGAUGAGAUAGCAGCAGCUUUGCUACCUUCACCGAUGAGGCAUUCAUCUCAGCAGGAGCUCCAGUAA